AUGUAUAUCCCAAUUACCACGUGUGAUAGGGAAACGAAGGUUGUAAAUAUUUUCCACAGGCAGCAGCAGAAGCAGGAGUUUGGAAUGGGUCUUAUAAAUCACGUCUUCAAUGCAGACAGUCUGAAGAAGCUGUACGUUUCAAACCUCGGUAUUGGGCACACGAGGUAUUCCACCUCGGGAAUUUCUGAGCUGCAGAACUGCCAGCCUUUUGUCGUAGAGACUCUUCAUGGGAAGAUCGCUGUGGCACACAAUGGGGAGCUGACAAAUGCUGUACGACUCAGGAGGAAGCUUAUGCGGCAUGGUGUAGGACUGUCGACCAGUUCUGACAGUGAACUGAUCACCCAGCUGCUGGCUUUCACACCUCCUCUAGAAAAUGACGAUACAGCCGACUGGGUAGCAAGAAUAAAAAAUUUAAUGAAUGAAACUCCAACUUCAUAUUCAUUGCUAAUUAUGCAUAAAGACAUAAUCUAUGCAGUACGUGAUCCAUAUGGGAAUCGCCCACUCUGCAUUGGUCGCCUUAUUCCAGUAGGGGACAUGAAUGGAAAAGGAAAAGAUAACAGUGAAACAGAAGGAUGGGUAGUGUCUUCUGAAUCCUGUAGCUUUUUGUCUAUCGGUGCAGAGUACUAUCGUGAGGUCCUUCCUGGAGAGAUUGUGAAAAUAUCCAGAUAUGAUGUCCAGACACUGGAUGUUGUACCAAGACCUGAAGGAGAUCCGUCAGCAUUCUGCAUCUUUGAAUAUGUUUAUUUUGCAAGACCAGACAGUAUUUUUGAAGGUCAGAUGGUGUAUUCAGUCAGGAGAAGAUGCGGGCAGCAGCUUGCUAUUGAAGCACCCGUGGAAGCAGACCUAGUCAGCACUGUUCCAGAGUCUGCAACCCCAGCAGCUCUUGGUUAUGCUCAAAAGUGUGGACUACCAUAUGUUGAAGUACUCUGUAAAAACCGAUACGUAGGAAGAACAUUUAUACAGCCAAAUAUGAGGUUACGGCAACUUGGUGUUGCAAAGAAGUUCGGUGUUCUGUCUGAUAAUUUUAAAGGCAAGCGAGUUGUUAUCAUUGAUGAUUCAAUUGUGAGGGGCAAUACCAUUUCACCCAUAAUAAAACUACUGAGAGAAUCAGGAGCCAAAGAGGUGCACAUCCGUGUGGCUUCACCUCCCAUAAGAUUUCCUUGUUACAUGGGAAUAAACAUUCCAACUAAAGAAGAACUCAUUGCCAACAGACCUGAAUUUCAUGACCUUGCAAACUAUAUAGGAGCAGACAGUGUUGUCUAUCUUUCUGUGGAAGGGCUGGUAUCGUCCGUGCAAGAAAGCAUAAAAGCAAGACAAGAGAAUGAGAACAGCCUUAAAACCCAGAAAUCACGUGUUGGAAAGAUUGGUCACUGCACAGCGUGUCUCACUGGAGAGUAUCCCGGAAAUAAUGGCGCCGCCCCACGCAGGCCGCCGGCGGACCGGGAGCAGCUUGUGGAUGCCCAAAGGCCGCGACGGCCGCCGGCCAAUGAGAGCAUCGUGUUACUGCCUAGUGGGGCAGGACUGACGCUGUCCCGCCAAUCAGGAGCGUCGACCCUCCGUUGCUAUGCGGUGACGGAGGGCAGGAGGGCGCUGGCGGGUGCUGCUCGGCGCUGCCUCAGGUGGGCAUGGGUGCGGCGCGGUGCGGUUGUUGCCUCGAACCCCUUGGGGCCAGCGGCGGCGGUCGGCGGUCGGUCUGUCCCGGAGCGGUCCCGCGGUGCCCGUGGAGCAGCCACCCGCCCCAGGAGCGGCCCGGCCGUCUGUGGAAACGUGGGGCUUUGA